UUUAAACUUCCUAGUUUAAAAUCCAACUUGCUGUGUACACACGGUUACAAUCUAAUAGGACGAAAAUAAAUGCUUCGAUGUUAAAGAUGUAUCUAGAUAAAUGGAUGUUUUUUGUUUUCAUUUUGACAAAAGCUAACUGCAAUGGUUGUCCAACAAUGGACACAGCUUUUGGAUGGAUUGGUUCAUCACCAGUAUUUACCUACACAGUUGAUUUGACAAUUGAUAAGGAUAAACCUGUAGCUUAUACGCUUUAUACCCCGACUCAACACCCGCUACUCGUUGUGAGCUAUUAUAAUGGAGCUGUGUUGCGUGAUCCAGUUUACAACAACUGUGCUUUGGCUCAAGGAGGAAACAUAUCAGCAGGUUUUCUGAACAUUCAGUUGUUUCCACUACAAGCAGGACAGCAGGGCACAUACACAUAUACCAAAACGAAUGUUGUACAGAAAUGCAUUACUCUUUACAUAUACGGUGUCCCGAUACAGCCCACAAUCGGUUCCAAUACCAAGGUUGCAUACGAAGGAAGUUCGGCAGUUCUCACAUGCAACAGCACAUCCACAACUUUACCAGGUGGUCACAACCUGAUAAUGACUUAUGAAUGGAGACGAGAUGGUGCCAUAGUCGUUACAGGAGGGCGAUUCACUCUGGACCUAACCACAGGGAGAACACUCACUAUUUCUAACAUCAACAGAAAUGAUGCACUGUACAGUUUCUCCUGCAGCGCCACAGAGCAGAGUGGCAACACGUCACUUCUAAGCUCUUUGUUCAAUCUGGCAGUCGGCUAUGGUCCAGAGUUGCUGACGCUUUCACCAUCUAACAUAUCCUACACACUGGAUGAGAAUCAGCGCCUGAAUGACAUCACCUGCUCAGCCACCUGUUCUCCUGUCCAAUGUACUUAUGAAUGGAGAGAGUCUGGAAGAGGUGCAGUCAGCAGCAGUGGUGUACUUUCACUGGGAAAUCUAGAGAGAGGGGAGGCAGGCACCUACACAUGUACUGCAAGCAAUCCAGGGUCGGCAGCCACAACUAGCAGCCAGCAAAUUGCAAUCUUGGUCAGAUAUGGCCCAGAGUUUGUUAAACUGUCUCCAUCUAACACAUCCUACACAUUGGAUGAGAAUCAGCGCCUGAAUGACAUCACCUGCUCAGCCACCUGUUCUCCUGUCCAAUGUACUUAUGAAUGGAGAAAGUUUGGAGGAGGUGCAGUCAGCAGCAGUGGUGUACUGUCACUGGGAACUCUAGAAAGAGGGGAGGCAGGCAACUACACAUGUACUGCAAGCAAUCCAGGGUCGGCAGCCACAGCUAGCAGCCAGCCAUUUGGGAUCUCGGUCAGAUAUGGUCCAGACGAUGUAAAACUUAGCGUGCCAUCUGAAUACAUCGUCACAGAAGGACAAGUGGUUUCCAAUGUGACAUGCUCAUCCGACUGCUGGCCACAAUGCACUUACACAUGGAGGAACAUGACAUCUGGAACAAACAUCACAUACACAGGACUGCUCAUCAUGCGGCAAGUUGACAGAUAUGCAGCAGGGAGUUAUGUGUGCGUUGCUCAUAACCCUGGAUCCAGUCAUACAAAGAACAAUUCUACCAAGUUAGUUGUUUAUUAUGCUCCUUAUAUAACCAUCAACGUGUCGUCUACCAACCCUACCGAAGGACAACCAUUAGACUUAAUGUGUGAGGCAUCUGGAGUACCAGCGAUGUAUAGGUUUACAGCCCUCACCCAGACACAUGGUGGAGUUCAGAUACUGAAUACACAUAUCACACUGGACAGCUCUGCUUCAACGUCUACCCGUAUAUUUCGCAUACCUGCACUACGAAUGGAUGAUACUGGCACAUAUAAAUGCUCAGUAGAGAACGGAGUCGUCGAUGUCAGUGGGCAAUUAUAUCAGACUGCUGAAACCAACCUCAUGGUUAAAGUGAGUCCUAAAGUACUGACCCCUAGUCUGAAGGUUGCUGCAGCUACUGGUGCUAAUGCUUCUCUAAGUAUCCCAGUUUAUGCUUACCCAACACUAGAUAAAAUAGUCUUACAACGUUAUGAUGGGCUAAACAUCAGCAGCAGUUCAGGCAAACACAUUCUACUUCCGUACAACACAAAUGUGACAGCUAACUGGUAUGGGACCAAGGUGCAGGUGGACGGGACUGUCCUAAACUUUACUAUCAUUAAUCUUGAACCUGUUGACUUCGGAAACUACACACUCAACAUGAAAAAUGCUUUUAGCGUAUCGAGUGCUGUGUUGACAGUAGUUGCAGAAAGUAAACCCUCAUCACCAGCAGCAUUGAACUUCACUGUCAUUCAGAAAUAUGUGUAUUUUGUUUGGAAACGUGGCUUCAAUGGAGGACAUCCACAGACAUUUGUUAUUCAAUUAUCUAAGGAUUCUACAGACAAUUACAUCAACCACACAACCGUCAUUGAGGAAGCAAGUAUUGGACCUGAUGACACGGUUACAUUUAAUAUAACCAGCCUUGAUGUGGGUGUUUAUCAUGCAAGACUUUUGACAUUUAAUGCCAUUGGAGCAGCUGAUCCAGUGAUGUUUGGUGUGUUCAGGAUUGCAAAAGAGUCCGAUGAGGCGGAAUUCACUUCCAGUGCUAGUACAGGUGCGAUCGCUGGUGGAAUAAUUGGAAGUCUCUGUGGAAUCCUUAUCAUAGCACUCGCUGUUGUUGCAAUGAUGAGAUAUGAAAUUAAAUGCGUCCGGAGGCAAGUCCUUCGGAACGGCAGACAGAAUGAAACUACAUCGCCGUGUGAGGGCAAUGGUACCGACUUUAACAAUAAGGCUUACGAAACUCUUGAUGUUGAUCAAGGGAAAGCCAUCUACAUGUCAUUGAGUCGACAGGCUGUGCAAUGCAAAACUCAUGUGCAUUUGAAAUCAGAGGAUAAUGCAGAAAAAGCUGUGUACAUGAAUACAUCAUUCGUAACUGUCUAGAAGACCAGUUCAAAUAGCAAAGUGUAAAGCAAUAUAGAACGUAUCAGAACGUUCUAUACUUCCCUGUCGUUUUUGUCGAGAUCUAAAAUAUUCUUAAUUGAACGAUGUUGAUUUUAUGCUUGCAUAUACAAGUCAUCAAACGGAAACAACAGGCGUAUGUACGAUGCAAUCUGACAGCUACCUUAAAUAGUUACAACACAAAGAGCAACAAGCAGCUGUUUUUAGAUAAACCGUUGACAAGAUGGUUAUCUUUAAACAAACUGAAAUUAUCGUUUAAAACGCUUAUAUAUUUAAUUUAUAUUUAUUCAAGUAAUUCGUGUGAACUGUCUGUUUUUAUCAAACACAAGAUUAUAGCUUUUUGUGUGAAAUACUAAAUAAUUGUUUCAGAACUGUGCUAGUAUGAUCCUACUGUAGUUGCAAAUAAGGAUAUUUAAUCCUAUAACACUCGCGAUUGUUGGUUUUUGUCGACUUGCUUUGUAAAAUGUAUUUCGAUAUAUAAGGCUUCAUUCAAUCCGAACCUGUAAAAAUGUGUUUUAUUCUACUAAUUGUUAUUUUCCAUAUAACAUA